AUGAAGUCCGAUUUCUCCGUCUUCGCCCUCUUCACCGCCGGCCUGUCGUGCCUCUCGCAAGUCGCCGCCUACACCACUCCGGUUGGCGAGCCCUCGGGCAACCCGAUCUUCAACCCCGGCCUCAGCGAUAUCGUCCCGGCCGGCCAGUCGUACACCAUCACGUGGGACCCGACCACUGAGGGCACCGUCACCAUCGUCUUGCUCCGCGGCCCCGCCGAGAACAUCAAGCCGCUCUACGCGAUCGCUGAGGAAGUCGAGAACAGCGGCACCUAUGUCUGGACGCCAUCCACUGAUCUGGAGGCCGACAAGAAGGGCUACGGCAUCCAGCUGAUCGUUGACGCGACUGGCCAGUACCAAUACUCAACCCAGUUCGGCAUCUCCAACCCCGACUACAAGCCGUCGUCCUCGUCAUCCCACAUCGCCACCGUUACCAGCACGCUCUCGCACGCCCCCAGCAGCAGCGCCUCCAAGACCGCUGACGUGCACGCCGGCCACGUGAGCUCCAGCUCAAACUCCACUGCCUACACCACCCAAGUCGUCACCGCCUACACGACCUACUGCCCGGAGCCGACCUCGGUCGUCAUGAACAACAAGACCUACACUGUGACUGCCCCCACCACCCUCACAAUCUCCGACUGCCCCUGCACCAUCUCCGUCCCGGUAACCAGCACUCCCGCCACCAUCUCCAGCGCGCCAACCCACGCCAUGAGCUCCGGCUACCCGAUGGGCAACUCCACCGUGGUGAUGCCCACCGGCGGCAUGACGGUCCCGGCUUCCCUGAGGACCAGCACGAGGGGCUCACCUACCGCGUCAGUCUCGCCCAUUGUCAGCGUCCCGGCUGAGGACGCUGCUGGCAGGAUGGCCGUCGGGUUGGGAGCGGUGGCUGCGGCGGUUGUUGCCGCUUUCGCUUUGUAA